AUGGCGUCCGAGGACGAGCCCACUGGGAUCGGAUCGAACCAUGACCUGAUUACUGGCGGAGACGGCAGCGUAACGUCGCCGACUGGAAGUGGCAAGUCGGGCACCGAUGGCGAAGGCAAAGAUGGCGACGACACUCUGCCCACGCUGCCCGUUCAAAAACGGCGCCGCGUUACUCGCGCAUGCGACGAGUGCCGCCGGAAAAAGAUCAAGUGUGACGGAAAGCAGCCUUGCACUCACUGUUCAGUUUAUAGUUAUGAGUGCACGUACGAUAAGCCGUCGAAUCGGCGAAGAAACCCGGCGCCGCAAUACAUAGAAGCCCUCGAGAAUCGUCUGCAGCGUGCAGAAUCUAUGCUGCGCAAAUACGUGCCCAAUGUCGACCUCUCAGACCCUGAUUUGGAUCCAGCCGUCAAACAAGAGUUUCGAAAUCGAGAGCUCGCGCGGUCACAGGCUGCUAAACUCAAGCAGCCGCAUUCUGGAGGCGAAACGGAUGGCGAAGAAGGACAAAUCAUGUCUAUGAUUGAGUCGAUCGGCCAGCUUGAUCUUGAUGACAAGGGGGCUGGGACUUUCACGGGGCGAGCUCAGGAGCAGUCUUCCUUCGCCGGAUGA